AUGCCUACCAUGUGGUUAUCAGAGAAUCAGAAAGUCGGCGCUGUAUUUUGUUCGGCUGGCGGACUGUUUCUCUUCGGAGGAGUACUGAUGUUCUUCGAUCGUGCUUUACUUGCCAUGGGAAACAUCCUCUUCCUAAUCGGCCUCUCCCUAAUAAUUGGUCUCGAAAAAACCCUCGCCUUCUUCACCCGCCGCCAAAAGAUCAAAGGAACCAUCGCCUUCGCCUCCGGCAUCCUCCUCAUCUUCCUGCGCUGGCCGCUCACGGGCUUCCUAGUCGAGCUGUACGGUCUGUUUAUCCUUUUCGGCGACUUCUUGAUUACGAUUGGGCAGUUUGCAGGGAAUAUCCCGGUUGUGGGGCCUUAUAUUCGCAGGGGGUUGGAGAUUUUGGCGGGGGGGACGAGGAGUAAUGCUGAGUUGCCGGUUUAG